CUUUUCCAUUCCUGUCCCGCUCUAUAAUUCUCUUUACAAAUACUGUUCCCCUCGUCUAUUUAGUACAUAAUAGAAUCCACCUUGAUUACUAUAAACAUCUUGAUUUUAACUUUCUAGAAUAAAACAAAACAUUUUCGACUGAGUGAUUUAAUCAAACUGGCAGCUAAAAUAUAACUUUCAUCAUUAUAACUCUGUCUCAGUGAAAAAUAGUGGGCAAAAUGAGCAACAUAGUUAAAUACGACUGGUACCAAACGGAAACAGUGGUUACGAUCACCGUUCUGCUAAAGAAUGCGAAGGACAAAAACUAUGCCGUUUCAAUCGAGGAAAAAACGGUCCAACUCAAAGCAGAUGGAAUCGAGCCAAUCACCAUAAAUCUUUGGGAUGUAGUCAAUGUUGAACAAAGUUCGCACAAAGAAACACCAAGUAAGGUUGAAAUAAAGCUACUGAAGGUGAUCGGCCAUAGAUGGGAGGCUUUGGAGCGGAAAGUUGAAGUAGAAAACCCGAUUUCCGCCAGUAAGAAAAUCGGCCACGAUUGGGACAAAAUUUCCAAAGAAAUUGAGAAACAGGACGCAGAUGAUAAGCCUCAGGGCGAAGAAGCAGUACAAGAUCUCUUCCGGAAAAUAUAUGCCGAUGCGAACGAAGAUACGAAAAAAGCUAUGAUGAAAUCGUUUUACGAGUCGGGUGGAACCGUUCUGAGCACCAAUUGGGCUGAUGUUGGAGCGAAGAAAGUAGAUGUUAAACCCCCAGACGGAUGUGAAUUCAAGAAAUGGAACUAAUUUCAUCAAUCGCUAUCGCUAUGUUAAAAUAAGUUAUUUUCCUAACUCAACAGAGUGUGUAUUCGAAUUUUAUUUUCGAUGAAAAUCAUUUCAAAUUUGAUAGUGCUUCGUUUCAAUUGAUUUGACCGGGGAAAAAAACUUUAGUAGUGUUUUGGUAGUAUAUUUCGGAAAGCUCUUCAA